AUAAGAAAGCUUCAUUACAAUAGUGAUUGUCGGGGGACACAGGCGGAUUAUUCUCGCAUUUUCCUGCGCUCCAAUUCUAUUGAUACACAACAUUAAUUAUGGCAGAUGCAAAGGUUGACUCCGCAACGGAAAUCUCCGCAAAGGACCUGAAGGAGAAGAAGCUCAUCGAGGAGAAGGAAAACGGAAAAGAUGCUACUAAUGGAAAGGAGAACGAGGAGAACGGAGAGCCAGAAAUUGAUGAUGAAGAUGACGAUGAGGUAGAUGAAGAUGACGAAGAAGGAGAGGGUGAUGAGGAUGAGGACGAGGAUGAUGAUGAUGAAGACCUAGGUGGAGGAACAAAGCGGGGUGCUGAUGAUGAUGAAGAUGAGGAUGAAGAUGAUGAGGAUGACGUCGACCCCAAGAAGCAGAAGGUUAAUUAAAAGGAUUGUUUCAUAUUGCUGAGCAGGUGUAGAUGCCUCUACUUCAACCCAUCUGUUGGAGCCAGUGGCAUAAUGGACUCAAAUACAUAAAACAUGGUCAUUUUCAAGUUUGUCACCCAUACCAACCAAACUGACCCCCAAUUCAAAAUUUUCUAGAGGACCGGCCACAACUUCGAUUUCCAGCAUUCACAAUGAAAUACGCAAGACAAGGAUUUGUUUGUAUUUUUAUUUACAUUUUAUAUUUUUGUACAUAUUGUGAAGAGAUCAGCCACUUUAUCAUGAUCUCCUGUGACCAAAACGGUGCUUCUUUAAGAAAUUUUACUUGUUUGACCAUGUCUCGAUAUUUCAACAUAGACGACAUAUAUUAAAUGAAAAAAAAAAUCAACAGCCAUCGAACUCAGAGCAUUCCAGUAAAUUUUAUGUAUGAACUUUAGUUGUACCAUAACUAGUUGUACCAUAAACUAGUUUUUUUGUAUGGGAGGGCUAGGCCAAAGAAAAGGAGUUUUGGUUUCUUUCGAUUUCGUUUUGUCUACAUUAUUUGUUUUACCUUGGCCUGUUUGUUGUAUGUGUGGAGUUUGUUGUUCAACAAUAAACUUGACUUUUAUUU